AUGACAAGCCUGACUCCGAAUGCAGUCCCUCCGGGAGCAAAACUGGAAAUAUCGAUAAGAUAUAGUCAUGGAGGUUCCCCAUGUGCAUCCCGAACCGCAUCUCGAGAGCUACUGUUGCUACAGGGCAACCAUAGGUCUUUACACAUCUGGGAUGGGCAGUGUCUGUCCCAAACAUUCCGCCCUAGACAUAUAGAUGAUAUAUGGGAGUUCAUUAGGGACUACCCACUGCAUCCCUGUAUAGUUAGACGUCUUCAGGAUACGGGUUUCUACAGGAUCAUAGAGAUCGGCCGGUUGCAGUUCGACUGGGCGUUGAUCACGGCUACGAUAGAGCGGUGGCGACCGGAGAUGCACACGUUUUAUCUACCCAUCGGCGAGGCUACCAUCAUGCUUGAGGACGUGGAUGUUCUUUUCGAGCUGCCUGUUAAUGCGGCUCACCGGCUUCCAGCCAGCGGAGCCGACUACAUUGAGUGGGGCCAGUCGAUUGUAGCUGACGCUCGUUCGGCAGCAUUUGGUGGUGAUGGACGCGGAGAUUACGGAUGA